AUGAACUCAACCGACGUCGAAAAGGAGGACGGACUAGAGAAUAGCUCCACGAUAGUCGACACUGAAGACGAACCGAGCAGCAUCGACGAAGAGAUGGAGUCAAAAGAACACGAACCUGACAAGGUGGAGACCAAGAUCGAAGUGCUCUGA